GUUGCCUCCCUUUAUUUCAUGUGACAGGGAAGUUGACAAAAUGUAAACAGAGAAAUGUUUUAAAAUGUAUACACUUUUCAACCUCGUCAGGCUGAUAACAGUAAAGGAUGAUGUCAAACCGGUGACUUUUGAGUGUUUUGCUUGGAGACAACACGGGGAAACAAGUUUGUUGUCCCUUGCUUGCUCUAAUGGGUUUAUUAUAUUGCGAUACUGCAACUCUGGUUGCACCCCUGUUGUCAAGCAGUUGCCAUGGCCACAGGAUCAUCCAAUCAAAUCAAUGUGCUUUGAUCCAACUGUCACCUGGCUACUGGUCCUGACAGAUAAUGGCAAUAUAUUCAUCAUUCCAGCUGUGCCAAUGCUGGACCCCAGCAUACAAGUCAACCAGUUGUGGAGUAUUGACGAUGUUACCAUAGUAACAGUUUGGAAGCCUCGUGGGACCCCUACACACAUGGUAUGGUGGCAGACACUAGACGGCCGCCAUAUUGCCAUCAUAGCUACAAAGUUGGGCGAGUUGUGCUUCAUUGACCUUGAGAGGCGUGUGAAGGUCACAGAGCGGUGUGUAGAUGAGCAUGUCAGCUCCACUGAACUCAUCCAGGAUGACCAACAAACCAUCACCAGCCUUCUGGUAACAGGAAAGACGGGCAAGCAGUGGAAGAUGUUGCUGGAGAAGAAGUGGGCUCGGUUGUCACUCCAGGAGGCAGAUAUGGCCCACGAGCUCGGAUAUGAGAACCUUGAUGGACACACAAUCACCUUUAUCACCAUCCUUGAUAAGACAGUUUUAGUUGAAAACCAAGAGGACAUGUUUGCCCCCGUGUUGCUGACCCAGUUCUCACGAUCUGUGACCUUGAACCCUCAGUAUGCCAAGGGCAGACAUCUUGUCACAGCAUACUGCACAAAGAAUUCAACUUAUGAGGUAUUUGCAAGUGACAUGGAGCAUAGCCCUUUGUUUGUGUACAAGCUGCCUAUUGGAUCCCUGUUCACAACGUUCACAGACAGACUGACAUUUCUGGCCAGCAAACUUGCAGGGGACCAGAAACUCACAAUUGUGUCCAAUCAGAGGGCAGAGGUGUCAGACAGCUCUGAACAUGAUUUCAACAAAGAUUCAGUUGUUCAACAAUUUGAAAUCCCUCCUGAUGAAAAACUUGUAUCCAUUCUUGCAAAACCAUUUCCAUUCUACUGGCAUGAGAAGCUUGAAGAGGACCACCACAAGCAUCUGGCUGACACUGAUGAUCACAAAAAUGCUGAGUCAUUGCCAUCAGCUUACAAUAUAAUUCUAAACUCGCACACUGUCCUUGAUGGUUGCAUUGUGAUUACCAACAAUACAGUCUAUGAAUGCAGACCAAGGAUUUCCCCAGAAAGGCUAUUUUUAGAACUGUGUAUUAGCCAGUCAGAUUCAAGCUUGGUGGAACAGCUUGGAAUAAGCCUCGGUUUGGAUUUGAACUUCCUCUUUGAAAUUGCCUCAGAUUAUUUACUGUCUCAUGGGAACUGCAAACAAGCAACUAGACUGUUCCAUUUGUCAAAAGGUAGCCCUAUUUCACGAAUUGCAAGCUUCUCCAAGUAUGGCUAUGUCCAUGAAAUUUUGCCUUAUUUACAACAAUUGCUCAGGAAAGGUAACUCUGAGCUGAACUUAGAUGAUCAUAGAAAGUUGGUGGAGCUGGGAUUGUACGGACUGGUUUACAGACUCACACUUGAACCAGACAACGAAGAACUCAUAAAUAACUUCAAGCAGUUUCUGGUUGACUAUGCUGAACAUGAGGACACCCAAAAGCUGACUAUUCAACUUCUGACAGAAGCUGGUCUGCUCAACAUUCUAAUGGAGUUCACAAUGGCCCGUGGGUUGGUGAUUGAGGCACUGCAGAGUCUGACAGAGAAGUUCCAGUACACACUGCCUGAUCAGACUGUAGAUAUGCUGAUAGGGCGAGGCUUUGGGGCCCACCUUGCGCAGGUUGCUUCAGGUGCGUUCUUGCAUGUCUUGGAGCUUCAUAAAGUGAUCCAGAUCUUUUGUGAACGGCCUCAGCUGGUGUCAAGAUUUUCUCACUUGUUGCUUAGCAACCUAUGUGACCUAGAUACAAAACAGUUGCUUGACCUUGCCUGUGCCCUUGACCCCUCACAACCAAUUAUCAGGGGCUUCAUUCAGAGGAAAAUGCGUUCUAGGCAACGAACCAGUUCUGUUACAUCUUUGACUGGUUCUGGAGAAUUCGGAGAGUCUGUUUCCAAUAGAAAUACUGUUACAGGGUCUAGAAGUAUGGAUGCUGUCAAAAUGGUGCACACAUUUCUCAUGGUGGUACUACAUUUAAACCAAAGAAGAACAGAAAACGGGGAACCAGUCAAUACUGACCUACUUUAUACAGAUAUCCCAACACUUCUUAAACAACUGGCCCAGUCUGCAUGUAAGGAAAAGCAGAAAGUCUCCAUCAAGCCUUUGCUUGUUGGGGCGGGACAGACGCACGCAGCCGCUGUGACCAGGCAUGGGGACCUGUACACUUGGGGCAGGAACUCACUGGGAAGGCUAGGACAUGGUGAGCAGAAAGCAUCGUCACAGACCAGUGGACCAUGCAAGGUUGCAACUUUCGCGACUCUGCAGAUCAAGGUGUUGUCUGUGGCCUGCGGGUUGAACCACACACUGGCCCUUACACAACAAGGGGUGUAUAGCUGGGGCUCCUCUGCUUAUGGCCAGGUAGGACUUGGUACCACCCAUGUGUACACGCGCCCCAUGCUGAUAGAGGAACUCUGUGGGGUCGUCUGCUCGGCCAUUGACUGCGGCCAGUAUCACAGCCUGGCACUGACUGACACAGCCCAAGUGUACAGCUGGGGUUGGGGUGUUCACGGCCAGCUGGGUCAUGGUGACACAGAGGAGAGACUGGUUCCCCGAUGUAUCACUGCACUCAGCAACCAGUCUAUAGUCCAGAUAGCAGGAGGGUACUGUCACACUAUCGUUCUCAAUAAUCAGGGAGAGGUGUACACAUUUGGGUGCGGCUUCUUUGGUCAGCUGGGAUUGGCCACAACCAACAAACACACCACCCCUGUCAAGGUGACUUUGAUCCCAGACAAGGUCAUUGCCAUAGCAACCAAGUACUUCCAUUCUGUUGCAGUUACAGCUCAGAACGUGGUAUACCAGUGGGGCAGUCACCCACACGGCCUCAGACAUUUUGUGCACAGUCAGCGCAGGUCACGCCAAACCGGAAAUGUCACUUUUGAGCAAGUGGAUGUUCAUCUACGUCCAAUGGUGGUGGACACUUCCUAUGUACAUGGACGUAUAAAACAGGUUUUUUGUGGCAGCUUCCACAGCGGUGUGAGGACCAAGGACGGGGAGGUGUACACCUGGGGACGCAACAUGGAUGGACAACUGGGCAACGGCACCAGGAGUGAAUUGAGACUUCCACAGAUGGUAACAACAAUAAAUGACCGUAAUAUCCGACACCUGACCUCCGGUGGAGAAUUCAAUGUUGCAAUGGAUACGGAGGGUCAGCUGUUUGUCUGGGGAAGAAAUGAAUUCUGCCAGCUUGGUAUGCAUGCCUCAGACGUGAGGCAAACAACAAAGGUCAUCAAGUUCACAGGAAGUAAAAAUGUGGGUCAGGACCUCACAGAGAUACUUGUCCCAGCACCACUAAGUCUGAACCCCCUGUCGCCAUCAGCAACUGUUGGGUCACCAUGGCACCAGACAGACAGUGGCAGCUUGAUGUCGUGGACAGAGGAGGAUGCAGAGGAUGAGACCAGUCUACAUAUUCCCAACCUGCAGGAAGUGGGUGACAGUCAGUAUGGUAGACUGGUUGUACCUGUUAUACUUCAGUGUGUGCCCAGUCUGACAAACUAUAGCAGCCUUCUGAGACAAGCGAUAGACAUGAAGGACUGGGUACUGGCUGCCAGUCUAAAUGCAUGCACGCAGGAAUACCCACAGGCUUUUGGAUAUCAUUUGAUGGCAAUAAGAAUGAACCAAUCAGCUGCUGACCCCCAAGAGAUGUUGAAAUCCUGUCUAAAGGCUACCAACUAUUAUUACAGACUUAUUGAAGAAGCGGGGAUUCAAGGCAGAUCCCUGGAAGAGGACAGGAGGGAGUUUCUUUACCAGUUGUUCUACCAUUGGGAGCAGAUGUCUGAUUCAGUCACAGAUCUGGAGCAGUUUCUGUCUGCACACCUGGAUGACCUGGCCUGUCUCCUAGCAACAAUACUCUUCAGUACCUCAGAAUCAACUGACAGUCAAGAAAAAAAGGAGCUUUAUCAGCCAAGCACAGCGUUCUUAUCCAAAUUUUCGGCCAGAUUUAAACUACAAAUUUCAUCAGUCCUUCUGAAGCAGAUUUCAUUGAUUGAAAAUGCUCAGUUUGCUUCAUCGUCAGCCUACCAGUCCAUUCAGAAACUUGGCGGCGACGCAUUUGAGACCAUCCCUAAUGCCAUGCUAGACGGGGACAAACUUCCUUAUGAUCAGCUGUGGUUGGACAUCCUUCAAAACCUUCAGAAAGGUCAGGACACUAGAAACUACAUUUAUGUUACCCACAAUGAGCUGGACAGGCUUCAAGAUCGUGUCUCAAGUGGGGAUCAAGGCCAGAUAACUAGGGCAGUGUUCUUUACUUGUGGUCAUUAUUACACUAAGGAUUUGUUCACAAAUGAAAUAGAACGAUUUAACCUUGAGUCUUUCAUUGGUGGAUUCAAAUUGCCAGAGACAUUGUCUGUGAUAAGAGAGUAUUACAGCAGAAAGGAAGCCAUGCCGCUUGCCUGUCCAAGAUGUGUUCUGAGUGCCUUGAAUACAGCUGUAUAAGUUUAUAUGAACAUGGGGCUUAAUGCAUGUGCACAGUCAUCCCAGAUUAGCCUGUUCAGUCCGCAUAGGCUUAAUAGGGACGACACUUUCAGCUUUUAUGUCAUUGUUGUUUUAAGAAGUCUCUUCUUGACCAAAAUCCCGGCUACGCAGUCUUAUCUGUGACAAUACUUUUUGCACAUACAUUAAGGCUUAUUUUCCCACUGCGAGAGCCAUAUGAAAAUGUCGGUUUUUGACAUUUUUUAAUGCAUGAAAAACAUUGGUGCUCACUGCCCAAUGCAAAUACAAAACAGUGGCUGUUACAUAUCAAUUAAAGUUUAACCCUUUGCAUGCUGGGAAAUUUGUCGUCUGCUAAAAUGUUGUCUGCAGAAUUUCUAAAAUUAGCAUUUUCUUCUAUUUUUUUCAAAGAAUACUAUCAGAAUAGCAAACAGUUUGGAUCCUGAUGAGACGCCACGUUCUGUGGUGUCUCAUCUGGAUCCAAACUGUUUGCAAAGGCCUUUAAAAUUCGGUUCCCGCACUGAAAGGGUUAAAACAUAUUUCCAUUAUUUAUCAGGAACCAUGCAAUAUUAUACUUAAGUCAUUAACACUUUGUAUUAUGUGCAUUCAUUCUAUUUGUACGAGUUAGCAUUUUGUGGAUUUACACAAUUAAACUUAUUUGUUGCAUGUUAAAUUCAUGGAUAUUUAGCUCAUCUGAGCACAAAGUGAAGCCUUACAAACAUUGACUGCUCAGGACAUUUAAGUACCUUCAAGUCUAAGGUGAGCAUCUUAGGGCCUUUGGCCUACUUGUUUAUAAUGUCUGAAUCAUAGGACAGAAACGUUUGUUUAACAUUUAUGUCCAGGUAGUGUAGAGCGGAUCCACUCAAAUCCACUUAAAUCAGUGUCAAACAAAUAAUGUUGGUUAUAACUUAAAAGCCAGAUCAUAUAGCGCCAUUGCUUAGAUUACUAUUUUUUCAUGUUGUUUUUUCCUUAGAGAUUCUUAAAAUCAUGAUCACACAUUGCUAUAUUCGACUUGAAGUUAUUUUUUCUGAUCAAAGAUUUAUUGAUUACAUGUACUUUAGUGAGCAUGUGUUAUAUUCUUGCUAACCAGAUUCAUAGUUUGCAUAGAAGAGAAUCUGUAUAGCAAUGCAUUGUACAUUUGUUGACUGCUUAAUCAAAACUGAAGUUAGUCAACAGUUUACUACUUUAUAAUACCUUGAAUCCUUGUGCAAUAACUUAUAGAAAUGUGUGAACUGCAUAAUCAAUUUAUUGAGCAUAGCUAUAAAUAAAUGAAUGCAACUUAUUUGUAACACUUAUGUUUGAUGUACCGUAAUUACUGUUGUUGUUUUUUAAUUAUUAUUUUAUUUUAAUUUUUUCCAAAAAUUUAGAUACCAAAAAUAUUCCAAUAGUAGGAGUGUCUGAAAAUUUAGAGACAAAUAUGUUAUGUUUGCUUGUCAAUUAUUAUAUCGAAAUAAAACCAAUUAAUAAAUGUGCAAUAAUUGUA